AAUAUUAAAAAAAAUUUCACUUGAAAUUAUUAAAAACCGGAUAUAAAUGAGUAUGUUGUCGAUUGAUUAAUGAACAGAAGUUUAGUUUCGUACUUCACAAUGGAGACUCGAAAAUUACAAGAACAGAUCAAAGGGUCUGUAAAAUAUGGUAAAAAAUCAACAUUAGCUCCUACUCUACAUAAACCAAGUUCUGACCUAGCAGAUUUAGCAUGUUAUGCUGGUGUCAAAAUGAAUCCAAAGAUUUUCCAAAUUUUAUGGGAUUUACUUCAAAUGGGCGUGCAUCCUGUAGCAUUGGCAAAAAUGUUAAAAGCAAUGUGUUCUCAAAACAGAGAAGUAACUCCCAGGACUGAGUGUACGGAAAGGAAACCGAAAGAACAAGCAGCUAAAGGCCCUGCUACUCGACCAAAGGAAAAUGUAACGAGCAAAACUACGAAAGAGAAGUCAAAAAAGCCAGUUCCAAAUACAAGGCCUCACAGUGCUAUUUCCACUCAGUCUGCUAACGUGAAUUCUGGUAGCACUGCAAACCUGAGAAAAAAGUAAUUGUGUCGAUUAUCUAGCAUGUGAAAGGUACCUCCAUCAGAUUGGCUGAAAGAUAAAACAACAGUUUAAAGGCAUUAAAUUAACCAAGUGAUCACAGUCAUGAUCAAAAUGGAAUGAUUGAGAUUUGUAAAAAAAAAAGUGAUAAAGAGCCACCUCACAUCUUCCUAUCAUAUGACUCACCUCAGGACUCUAAUUUUGAAGUCAGUUAA